AUGGACAACGCACAGGGUCCUAGCUUGAACCGCCAUGAACGAGAGACCUCAGGUGACGGUCAGGCCGACUUUGUUCCGCGCGCUGACGUAUUCGACACACCUACUCAAUACGUUAUCCACGUCUCCUUACCUGGUGUACAAAAGUCAGAUGUCAGCCUUGACUAUGACUCCGAUAAAUCGACCCUCCAUCUGUCGGGCGUGAUUCACCGCCCCGAAUUUAGUGAAGAGCUUCAUGAAGCUAUGAUCAUCAACGAACGAUACAGUGAAGUCGGCGUUUUUGAGCGGAGCAUCCAUCUAGGAACUCGUUUCGCGCCGGUAAAUGUCGACCAUGAGAACAUGUCUGCCAAAUUUAUCGACGGCGUACUAGUCGUGCGUCUACCAAAAAUUUCAGCCGAGUCGGAACAAUCCCAAAAGAAGAUUGCCGUUGAACAAGACGUCGACACUACCGAAGAAAAUGAUACCAAGAUGCAGAAAGACAUUGAAACAAACGAAUCAGACGCGAAGCAUGCAUCUGUGUUGGAAGUGCCUGAUGAAACAGAGUCUAUGCACGUUGAUACAGAAACGGAACCUGGGGAUCUGCUCACUGAAGCCGAGAAUCGUUCUUAUACCCCUUCCCACGACUCCGAGGAGGAAGAUUUGUAUGAAUCCAUUAGAGAUGAAUUUCCAAAGGUUCAUUAA